GCUCUGCAGCGCGGCCGUCAAGUGCGGAAGCUGCUUACCGAUCGAAGUCCUGGCGUGGCACUGCGCUUCAUCCUUGGCCGCCGUGACGCCGAACUCCGCGCUGCUGAAUCGGCGCUGGCGCAGGUGGAGGCACGCACACCCGACCUAUCGAGCAUCGUCCAAUCACUGCGGCACAAGGUCGCAGCCCGGGACUUCCACAUUGCCAACUUGGAGGCGAACGCCGAGGCCGCCGCUUUCUUAGGCCGAGGCUUGGCAGAGAAGCUGCAGAAGCUUGAGACGUUGCAGAAGGACGUGUCUGUGGCGGAGACGGAUCACACGUUGAGCCUCGUCGCGUCCCUUCGUCGACUGGAGGGCCUUCCCCUUCGCCACGGACCGGCCAGCGGCAUGGAGCUUCCUCUUCGAAAGGUGCCGCUCGCGCGCAACGCUGCGUGCAGCGCCGACGACGAAGAAUCGAGGGAGGAGGUUGAAAGAAUGAGGAUGCAGUUGGAAGAGGCUCAGCAGCGACUGCGACUGAGGGCGCAGCCGAAUCGGGCAGAGGAGUGCUUGCCAAGUCCUGGCCCAAACGCUGUGACGCCAGAUGCUCUGCCGAAGGACGCGGAUUCGGGGGAGCAAGAGGAGAUGCAGGGAGCUACUGAGGAGGGACCUCGGGAAGAGCCGGGGUCCAAAGCCGCUCAGAGCUCUGGUGUAGUGUCCCAGGGCACACAGACAGCAGCUGAAGCCCCAGAUUCCGCGGAAGAGAGAGGAAAGGCUGCGAGGGCACCGGAAGCUUCUGAGUGCCUGGAGUUGGCUCUGCUCCCCAAGAGCCAGGGAGGAGAUGCCUCUGAGCAGCCGACGAAAGAAAGCGCCCAAACUGGCAUCGAAAAGGAGGAGGAGCACAAGGGCAAGGAAGGAGAGGAGGAGGAGAGGGAGGAUGAAGGGGGCGGGGAAGAGACCCAGCGAGGUUUACUUGCAGUACAGGAUCGAGGCAGUCUCACAUCAGAGGAUCCAUGUCGAACUCCUUCAGGGAAAGCCUUAGGGCCGCUUCCCAUGCCAGAGCAAGACGUGGAGAACAGCUCGCUUCACCCGGAAACCGUGGAGGACCGGGAAGCUCUGAUUCCAGCAGACGCCGAUGGGAGCGACGACGCUUUGGAAGAGCUUGAUGUCUCCGACGAGCGCCUGCAGCAGUGGCUUCGGGCAGUUGCAGACACCAUGGCUUCGAUGAGAGAGGAAUCGGCCAGCGAGGCCAACAGCUCUCAUGAAGAGGGAAGCCGAAUGUUUUUCCUUACAGCAGAAGCAGCAUAUGGACAUCUCGGCUUCCGUCUAACCGCGCCCCCAGGCCACUUCGUCUACCGCUGUGAAGAGGGAUCUUGGGCUGAUCAAGUAGGUCUUCAACAAGGAGACCAGCUUGUGCAGCUUCAGGGAAUGGACGUUGGACUUUUGCCCCACGCCUUGCUGCGGCUGGCCCUGGAGCGACACCGCCCUCUUGAGCUCACCUUUGCUCGAGGCUUCGGCGUCGGAAGCCUCGUGGAGGAGAUUGCCGGGUCUCUGUCAGGCCUCCGAGCCAGAAGCCAGACUCCUGCAGACGCGCAGGAGGCGAGUGCAGCGACUCCACGCAGAAGGACAGAGGACAGUCUCGAAGACCCUGCGCAUCCUCCAAGUGUGGAGGAUGACAGAGCUUUGGCGCUUGCAGCGGUGCAGAAAAACUGCGAUGCUUUCCCACUGCUUUCGGUUCCUAUGCGCUACGACCGGGAGAUCACACUCGAGGCCGUGCGGCAGAAGGGAAGCUUGCUCCAGUACACCUCCCCCGUGCUGCAGGCAGAUCGGGAGGUCGUGGGCGCGGCCGUGCAGCAAAGCGGAGCGGCGCUUCGCUUCGCAGCCCCUGCAAGGCGAAAUGAACUGGGCUUGGUAAGGCGAGCUGUGACGAGGACUCCCGAGAUUUUUCCUUUCUUGCCCGCGGAGCUGAAGGCACGACGAGAACUUGCUUCCGUGGCGGUUGCGCGAGACGGCAUGCUGCUGUCAGCAGUGCCGGCACUGCAAGAUGACAAGGACAUCGUUUUGGAAGCCGUCAGGCAAAACCCUGCUGCUCUUCAAUUUGCCGCCAGCUCGCUGCGUUACGACAAGGACAUCCUGAAACUCUGUCUUGGCACAACCGAUGGGUGA